AUGUCGGACUACUCCAAGAUGAAGAACGACGAGCUGUCAGCGCUCCUCAAAGAGCGCAAGCUCCCUCACACCGGCAAGAAGGCAGAGAUGGUUGAACGCCUACAGAAGGACGACGAGAAGUCUAGCGCAAAGCUUUCUACCCGCGGUGAAGAUGAGAUCGACUGGGACGACGAAGGCGACGAUGUCGUUGCAGCGCCUGCCACCACCACCACUACGCAAGAAGAGACCGUCACUACUAACGCAGAGACUGUCGCCAACGCUGGAGGUGAAGGCCAGCCACCGAAUCCUCAAGCCGUACCCAAUCAAGUCGCCGAUAUUGACCCCGCCCAAACGGACGACCUGAAGGUAGAAGCGCCCGCAGAAGACACAGAGGCCAAGCCCGAAGAGAAACAGGAGCCCAUCCCCGAUUACUCAAGAGGUCUUGCUGCCACUAAGCUUGACGAAGAGAUCGAAAAGCGUAAGAAGCGCGCCCUCAAGUUCGGUACCAAGUUCGAAGACGACGAGGGUCUCAAGAAGCUGGAGCGUGCUAAGAAGUUUGGAGAAGUCGGUCCCCCCAAGGGACUCGACGAGGCUUUGCCGGAGCGAGAGCGCCGCCAAAAACGGACACGAGAAGGUACUGAAGAUGCAAGCAGCAACAAGCGUCGCGACGCAGGUCGGGAUGCAGGCCGCUCUGGAGGCCGUGGAGGUCGACGCGAGAACCGCAACCGAGACGCCAAAGACAGCCGGGACAGCAAUGAUAACCGUCGCAGUGAAAGGAAGACUGCAGGCGGCGCUGGUGGUAGCGGUAGCGGUAGCGGUACCACUUGGAUGAGCGAAAAGGACAGGGCUGCUGCUGAGGCCAGGAAAGCCAAGUUCGCGAAGCCGGCAGCUUCGGCUUGA